GACAUUCUCCUAGUCCUCCACUUUGUCGCUAAAGUCCCUCCUCGCUCUAGGGUUCUAUCUCUUUCCUUCUUCACCACCCAGGGUUUAACACCACCCUCAUUUCUCUCCAUUUCACCAUGAGCAACGACCCAAUCGACGUCUCCGAUCUCGGCGCCGCCUUACCCGCCGCCGCCGCUGCUCUCAGUGCUGAGGAUAGAGCUGGUCUUGUGAAUGCUCUUAAGAGUAAGCUUCAGAAUUUGGCUGGGCAGCAUUCUGAUAUUCUCGAGAAUUUGACACCUGCUGUUAGGAAGCGUGUAGAGGCUUUGAAAGGAAUUCAGAGCCACCAUGAUGAUUUAGAGGCAAAGUUCUUUGAGGAGAGGGCAAAUCUUGAAGCUAAAUACCAAAAACUCUAUGAACCUCUAUACACUAAGAGAUAUGAAAUAGUAAAUGGUAUUGUCGAAGCUGAAGGAGUUAAAAGUGAAAACGCAUUGAAGCAGGAAGAAGGUCAAGAAAAAGGUGUUCCUGAAUUUUGGCUCACUGCAAUGAAAAGUAACGAGAUAUUGGCCGAGGAGAUAUCUGAGCGCGAUGAGGAGGCUCUCAAGUAUUUAAAGGAUAUCAAGUGGUGUAAAAUUAAUGAUCCCAAGGGUUUUAAGCUUGAAUUCUUCUUUGAUACCAAUCCUAUCUUUAAGAAUUCAGUUUUGACAAAAACAUAUCACAUGAUUGAUGAAGAAGAACCUAUUUUGGAGAAGGCAAUUGGCACGGAGAUUGAAUGGUACCCAGGAAAAUGCUUGACACACAAGAUUUUAAAGAAGAAGCCAAAGAAGGGAUCAAAGAAUACAAAACCUAUUACCAAGACCGAACCGUGUGAUAGUUUCUUUAAUUUCUUCAAUCCCCCAGAGGUGCCUGAGGAUGAUGAUGAUUUAGAUGAAGAAGCUGCUGAGGAGCUCCAAAACCAAAUGGAACAAGAUUAUGACAUUGGGUCAACGAUUCGGGACAAAAUCAUUCCUCAUGCCGUGUCAUGGUUUACUGGAGAAGCAGCACAGGGUGAUGAGUUUGAAGAUAUGGAGGAUGAUGAUGAAGACGAUGAUGAGGAAGGUGAUGAAGAUGAAGAGGAUGAGGAGGAGGAUGAAGAUGAAGAUGAUGAGGAAGAUGAAGAUGAUGUUAAGAACAGAAAGAAGAAAACUGGAAGAUCACAAGCUGGGGAAGGUCAGCAGGUUGAACGUCCUCCAGAGUGCAAACAGCAGUAAUGUCUAAGGGAGAACCGACAUAUGGCAAGCCAAGUGUUUAAUUUAUUAAAUAUAUUUUUUAAACUUGUUGGUGGUUCAGGGUUUAUGCUCUUCAAUAUUUCACCUACCUGUUGCAGUUGGCAGUCGUCGUUUAAGGUGUUUCACAGAUGACACUCAUAUUUCCAUCUUAUAGUCAUGUGGUUAAUUUGUUA